AUGCAGUUUUAUCAUCUUAUUUUACUUGUAAGUAUUUCUGUUUGUCCUAUAUUGGUAAAAAGUGAAAUUAAACCGGUACUCAUAAAUAAAUUCGAAUUAGCACAUGCCGGGUUUUCAACACUUUUACGUACAUGGACAUUAAAUUCAACAUCAUGGGCUUUGGUUAUUUCUUGUUUCAAUCCAAUUCCAGGAACUACAGAUUAUGUUUAUAAUGUAGCUAAUAUAGAAUGGCAAUUAACAACAAAAAUUACACCAACAGUUUUAACAAAUCAAAUAAUAUGGCCGAAUGGCAUUGUACCAGCAGAUACAUUACUUCCAUAUUCUAUUAUUGUUCCAAGUGGUUUUCUUGUUCCGGGUAAAACAAAUGGAAAUUUAUAUUUUAUUUCUCAAACAGGAUCACCAACACCAUUAGUACCAAAUGAUAAAACAAAUUGGUUUUAUCAUGAUGCAGAUUUUAAAGAUAUGGAUGGUGAUGGUCAUUUUGAUAUAGUCGCUGGACGUGCAAAUAUUCCAAUCAUUGGAGGACCAACUACACAAUUAAUUUGGCUAAAAAAUCCCGGUAAUUAUUCAGUCACUGGCCCUUGGAAACUUAACUAUUUAUUAACUACUGGUGGACCAGAUAUUCAAGUUCAAUUUGCUCAUAUUGGUUCAUUAACUGUUCUUUUUGCUAAUUCAUAUUUUACACGUAAAUUACAAAUGUUCUGGUCUGAUUCAGAUCCAUUAUGGAGUAAUGCUUCUCAAUUACAUGUACGUCAUAUUGAUUAUGAACCACUUUCAUAUGCAUAUAUACAAUUAACAAAUGAUCUUAAUGGUGAUCAAAAACCUGAUUUACUUGUUACUGUUAAUGAUGAAUUUAAUGGAUCAUUAAUUGCUUAUGAAUUACCAACAUCAGGUGAUAUUCGUACAGGAGAUUUUAUUAAACAUGUUCUUGCGACUGGAUUUAAACCAUUUAGUCAAGGUAAAGGUAAAGGAGCACCAGGACAAGCUUUUGCAGUUCAAUUCUAUUCUGGUCCAGCUCGAAAGAAACCUGUUAUAAUAUUAUCAGGUGAUGAUGAUGGUUGUGUAUACUCAUUAGAAGCUCUUCAUGAUGAUGAUCCAUCAAAUUGGGAAUAUUCAAAGAAAAUAAUUCAUCAAUCAAAGAAAUCAACUAUUGGUCAAAUUAGUAUAGAAGAUGUUGAUAGUGAUGGACAUCCAGAAAUGUUCGUACCUGCUUAUAAUGAAGGCAUUGUCUACAUCUAUCGUUUAAUGGAUAAUUAA